AUGGCAGUCUACUGCAAGAGGGUCCUAGUAAUACUGCUUGCUUUUCAAGGACUUCUAAUAGCAACUGCUUAUAAUGAGGAAGAAGACAUACCUGAAGAAUGGAUUCUCCUUCAUGUGGUUCAAGGUCAGAUUGGUGCUGGAAACUACAGCUACUUAAGGUUAAAUCAUGAAGGGAAGAUAGUGCUUCAGAUGCAGAGUUUAAAAGGGGAUGCAGACUUGUACGUAUCUGAUGUGACCCUUCACCCCAGUUUUGAUGAUUAUGAAUUGCAGUCAGUAACUUGUGGUCAAGAUGUCGUUUAUGUGCCAGCGCACUUCCGCCGUCCAGUGGGAAUAGGGAUUUAUGGCCAUCCCUCUCAUCUGGAAAGUGAAUUUGAAAUGAAAGUGUACUAUGAUCAAACAGUUGUGGAAUCUCCAUUUGGUGGUGGCUCCUACAAUCCAGAAGAUACAGAUUUGAACCAGAAGCAGUUUCAUGCAAGAGAAGAUGAGUCUCAGGAUGAAGAAUCAGUCUUCUGGACUAUACUAAUUGGAAUAUUAAAAUUAAUACUUGAAAUUCUGUUUUAG